UCAGUUAUACAAUGUAAUGCAUUAAAAUAACUGGCAGAAAUCAAAGUGAUUCUGUCAGGUCUAACAGGAAUUGCUUAUAUAUGAUACGUAAUGAAAUUUUACUGCCAGUUAUGGAGUGGGUGGAAGAACUACAAAAAAACCUUUCAGUAUUUCUUUGCUAAUAAAGUAGAAUACUGGGAAGAGUUUCUUAUAUGGGGAAAAAAAGAAAGCCUUGGAAGUUAUGUAUUUAAUGCUUGAAGCUAAGCUUCUGGAAGUUAAAUAACUAGUAUAAGGUAGGUGACUUUCAGAAGUUGUCAGAACUUUCAUCUGUCUCUGAAAAAUCCACAUUUCAGUGCCUAAUUUCAUUUGCAGUUGCACUGCUCUCUUGGGGCUUUGCUUUGUGACCAUUGUGCUGCUGAGCAGACUUCUUAAAAUGUGUAAUGUGCAAUGUAUACUGUGUAGGCAUAGAAUGAUAGUGUUGGGAACAGUGUUCAGCAAAGAAAAUCUUCAUGUAUAUACCAUGAAAGUCUUUUCAGUACUGCUAAUUAAAAUUGGUGUAUUGACCUUGAAACCUUUUUCCUGUUUAAUUCUUGACAGUGAAUUAAAAAUUAAAUCAGUGUGUGAUCUAUGUACUCAGCAGCCCUGCUGUCAUCUUGGUGAGAAGCUGAAACCCUGCAGCACUGUGUGAGGCCCUUUUCUGCCCUCUGAUAUUCAGCAUUUGAUAGAGGUUUUCUUCAUUUGCUUUUAAAAAGCUCUGGUGUUGCAUUGCCACAGCUUCUUUGCAUUUUCCGUGCCACUGUUUCUGUCUAUUGUUACAAAGUCAUGGCAUUUACCCAUAUGGGCCUGUGACUUUCUGAAAUAACAGCUAGCUUUGAGAGAAUGAGACUUCCCAAGCUGCUAGGGAUGGUAUCUUGCCUGCAGUAGCAUCUGUUGUAAAUUAUAUUACUUGGUUAUUUCUCAGCAAUUACUCAGUUUCAAAGACAAGUUACUAAAUACCUACUUGGGCACCCAGCAAAGCUGCAUAAAGCCAAACUGCUCAGGAGGCACCAAGUUUAUGUACAUAUCCAUGGAAUCUUUAUUAUUUCCGUUAAUAGAGGUGGAAUAAUUUGUGCCCUUGUAUUUUCUAAGCUCCCUGGUUAUCCUUUGUUGCUGCAGCUUCUGGAAGAGGAUCAUGGCCACAGAGCUUGGAGCAGAGAGCUGUAUUGUGUGUUUGGCACAGUGUGAUGGUGAUGAUUUUUGCAGGUAGUGACUGAGAGUAAGAUGGUGUGACAAAAUCUGUAUGGGGUCAGUGUGAUUGUUGUGAUUGUGUAUCACUUCUUUAAGGAGGAGACUUUUAAUGUGGAAUGGACUUGGAAUAUCUGGGUGGCAUUUCUGGGACUGGCAGGUGUAAACAUGCUUUUCUAUGAAGGUGAAGGUAGGCCAGAAAACUUUGUGACAACCUGUGCAUGACAGGACAGAAGGGUUGCACAUACCUGCUUCUGAGGUGUGAUUGACACAAUUAUAAGGGCUUGAUUUCUUAUAGCUACAGCUUGCUGAUAGUUUUUACAUGCCCACUUAAAAACAAACUAUGCACAGAUGUUCAGGAUUGUGAUGGGUUUGGGGCAAGGAGUUCAACAUCUGAAGAUACUUUCUGCAAACUAAUUGUUUGGAACAUGGAAACUCUCUCAGCCCCUUGGUCAAUUUGGGGCAGAACACAGAUUUGGUAUUGUAAGUAAAUUAUUUAUAUAUCCCAGGUGUCAGUGAGCUUGACAUUGAUGGAUACUGAACAUAUGUAGUUCUCAUUUAUUGUAUGUACUCCAUCUUACUUCAAAAAGUUUCUCUGUUGAAUGCUGGCCACUCUUGGCUCACAGUAUUCAGGAUAAAAAUCUCUUGGAGGUCAUUAGAGAGGGAUAUUGUCAGGAUGCAGGGGUUUUGUUGUGAUUUUGGUACGGUUUGGUUUUUUAUUUCAAAGAAGUUCCUUUAGAAAUGGAGGAAAAUCUCUGAAUGAGAUGAAAUCUGGCCUUUCAUAAUUUCACGGGCAUAACACAUAUCCAGUCCCAAAAAUCUGAUGUGUUAUGCUGGAUGUACUGAUUUUUAAUGCUGAGGUUUAACUAACACAUGCUUUGUCUUUAAAACUGGUUUCCCAGAAAGUUCUGAAACCAUCUGCUGAUUUAAUUUUGGUAUAAAAUUAUAUGUGAGGUUUAUUAAAAACACAAACUGUAAGUUCCCAUAUGACCUGUGCAAUACGUGGUGGAAUAUGAGAGAGAGAGAGGGAGAGAGAGAGAGAGGUUAUUAGAAUACUGUUGUGUCACUUCUCUAAACUGAGGGAAAACCAACAAUCAGUGUAAACUUAUCCUAUAUUCACUACUCAAACACAGGAAAGGGGAGGAUGUUCUGAAUGACUUGGUUACAAGAGGAACUGCAAGUUUGAGAAUACCAUUAUGGAUCAUGUCUUGUAGAAAACCAGAGUUUUUUAAUUCUCCUCUCACAAAACUGUUUAACCUGUCUUUGUCAGGGAGGUCUCAAGUAUUCAGUGUAGUAAGUAAGUGCUUUCUGCAUUAUUGGGAAGAAUAAUUCAUAUAGUUUUAGCCUCUUUGUGGCUUUUCUCCUAACCUAAAAUUUCUGUUUGUGGAGGCUGUUCUCAGGUAGCCCUACAUUAUUGCAAGCCUGAAUAUCUACAGUUAAAUGAGCUCUAGAAACAGUCCACAAAUGCCAAAGCCACAUACACAAUGUUGGGAAUUUCCGUACAGCUGGAGCCAGGGUGUCUGCCCCAUAACUUGUACUUUUACUGUAUUAUCUGGUGCAGUUUGGUGUCUGAUCUCUGGCUGUUCUUGGUGAGAGGCAUCUUGAUCAGACAGGUUAAGUAACAUGAAGGCAGUAGUCUGGAUCUAGUUAGAGGAACUGCAGGACAUCUGGUGAUUGAGAGAUGUGGUUCCAUACACUUAAUACUUGGAGAGGGGAAUACCUGCACCCCAGCUGUAGGAAAUGAUUUCCAAGAAGCAUCAGGCAUCUCAAAGAGACACUUUUUUGAAGACACUUCAAGUUCUAUAGUUAGAAAUUGUAAAUGUGGACUUUGGAGAUGUUACUCUUGCCUCAGUGAUUCUUAUUACUUUGGGAUAUUGUUGGUUUCAUACUUUUUUGCUGCUUUACAAAUCUUGGACAAUGAUCAAUGUGUGUGAUAUGACUCUGGAAUUAGUAAUUUCAGACUUAGGUUAUGUGACUAAUUUCUAAGCUUUGGGCAUCUGUUACCCACAAGUAAUAUUGAGUUUUUCCCAGUUCUGAUUUUGUGAAUGUGUUGAGCAGAGAUAAAUAAAAUUUAAGAAGAACCAUUUUAUUAGUAAUCAAGUACUUUUAACAUUCCCUGUUAGAAUAUUUUGUUCUAGUUAAGUCAUAAGAAAAUGCAGUUCCUGCAGAAUCAUGCCAGUAUUGAACAAUCAAAUACAUUUUUACCACUUCGCUCAGGUAGAACAACAUAUAAUGUAAGGAACCACACUGUAAAGGGUUUUUAAAUUUUUUUGGAAGGUAGUACAUAAAAGAAAAAGCCAGUGGGUAAAAUGAAUCAGCUUCCACACAGAAAAAGAGUGUCUUUGCUAAAAAAGCUGUAGGAAAAAUCUUGACAGCCAUAUUGAGGUUACUUCUCAUUGUCAGCAAUGCAAGCAAUAGUGAAAAAAAUAACAUUGGCAAAGUGUCUCUAUGUUACUCCAUUUGGAAUUAAAAGCAUACUUUUAGUGUCUGGGAGCAGUGUGUAUCCAAAAUUUAGGCCUUGUCUUAGUGGAGUGGUUGAAUUAUUUGAGCUGCCAUGGCUGCAUAAUUGCUUGUCUUUUUUCCUGCAACUUGAAGGUCUGUUAAUGAAAUCACUGGUUGUACAGAUGCCCUCUGUGUCUCAAGAAUGUCACCAGGUGAUGUGUAAUCAUGAGAUAACAACCUGUGCUUACAGAUGUGACUCUCCUAUUCCUUUAGUACAAGAAAACUCACCAGGGCAUAGAGCUGGAUUGGAGCCAUUCUUUGAUUUUAUUGUGUCCAUUAACGGUUCAAGAUUGAAUAAAGACAAUGACACUCUCAAGGACCUGCUGAAAGCAAAUGUUGAAAAACCUGUAAAAAUGCUUGUGUACAGUAGCAAAACACUGGAACUGAGAGAAACAUCAGUAACCCCCAGCAACAUGUGGGGUGGGCAGGGCCUCCUGGGAGUGAGCAUUCGCUUCUGCAGCUUUGAUGGGGCUAAUGAAAACGUCUGGCACGUCUUGGAAGUGGAGCCGAAUUCUCCUGCUGCAUUAGCUGGACUUAGACCUCAUAGUGACUAUAUCAUUGGAGCAGAUACUGUCAUGAAUGAGUCUGAAGACCUCUUUUCCCUUAUUGAAACGCAUGAAGCAAAGCCAUUAAAACUUUACGUGUACAACACAGACACAGAUAAUUGUCGGGAAGUGGUGAUUACUCCAAAUUCUGCCUGGGGUGGAGAAGGCAGCCUAGGAUGUGGCAUUGGUUAUGGAUAUUUGCAUAGGAUACCUACUCGCCCAUUUGAAGAGGGAAAGAAAAUUUCUCUCCCAGGACAGUUGCCUAGUGCAUCUCUCAGUCCCCUCAAAGAUGGCUUCACAGAGGUUCAGCUCUCAUCAGUUAAUCCCUCAGCCACCCUCCCUCCUGGGUCAGCAGGCCUUGAGCAGAGCCUUUCAGGACUUUCUAUUAGCUCACCUUCAACUACUGUCAGUAAUGUUCUCAGCACAGGUGUUCCAACAGUUCCAUUAUUACCACCACAAGUCAGUCAGUCCCUUACCUCUGUGCCACCAGUUAACCCAGCAACUACAUUACCAGGUCUGAUGCCAUUACCAGCAGGGCUUCCUAACCUGACUGAUCUGUCCAAACUUAACUUACCUGCACCACAGAUUGUUCCAGAAAUCAUACAGCCUGGUUUGCAACCCCUUCCCCCCUUGCCACCUCUGCAUCUGAUGGGAAUAACGCCUCUAUCGAUGCCACCCAAGUGUGUUCCUAUGCUUCCUUUGGUCACAGAGGUAUCUACAGUGCCUACAGAUUUGCUUCCUUCUAUUACUCAAGCUGGAAGCUUUUCCAUCAACCCUGGCACUACUGAAAACGUAGAGGAGACCUCUGCGCUCACCUUGGAUAGUGCUACUCCAGCUUCCAGGGCAACUAUUGUUGACAGAUCAAAUGAAUCCUCUGCAUCUAAUGAGAAAACAACUGGAAUCACAGAUACACAAGCUUCUGAAUCAUAACUCCAGAUCACUCUGUUGGAUUGGCUUGGUAUUUAUUUAGCCAUGGGAUACAUAUUUGAAAAGCAAGCUAUCAGUAAUUUCAUACUAGUUUGUACUUAAUCUUUAGAAGUCCUGUAAAUAAUAUGGAGGUAUAAUAAAAAUAAAAGGGGAUUUAUAAAAUGUUGGGGGGGGGGCGGGGGAAGAACUUGUAUGUUACCAAAAAAAGUCAGGGUGGUAAAUAGAGUGCCACUGCCAAACUCUGAGGUAUAUGUUUUUAAUAGAGGCUGACAGCCUUACCCUGCUAGGCUUGUCCUUGCUUAUAAUUAGCAAUUUUUGCUUCUGAUAGAAAUGAAGCGGGUCUCGCGUGUGACAUUUACGUACCAUAAUUCUUGUUCUUUGCAAGUAUCUUGUUUAUACAGUGGGGAUGAGAAUGUUUAGUCUGAGUUGUGAAUUUUAACACUGCAAAACUUCCACCUAAAGAUAUUUCUGUUAAAAUUGCUGAGUGGCCUGUUAAUUGACAUGUUGUUAUUCAGCUUGUACACAAAUCUUUGUCUUCAAGCUCUUGAGAGAUGCUCAAGCCAUGUUUCGUGACCCCUGCUGCCUUGUUGCAUACGCCCACUGUAAAACAGCAUUUGGAAGGGAAUACAUGGAAUGUUAAAUGUAGCACACAAUUUGGCACUUCAUGACUACUGUAAGAUGAAUUAAUGGAUUAAGCAUACAUAUAGCAAUAAAUUCCUGGAAUUUUA